AUGCCACGCAAGAAGCAAAAGAGCGGUCCUGCCCCACGCGCCAAUCGUCCCGGCGCUGGAGUCAAUGGCGGAGGUCCAGCGAAGAAUGGCUCCGGGCCGGCAUCCCAACAUGUUAAGAAUAAGAAGACAGUCGCUUCGAAUGCGGCGAGUGGUGCUUCUCAAGACGGUACGGGUGGUGCUGGGCAGAAGAAGCAGUCGCUACAGGCGAAUCAGAGACCGAUUGUGCCUUUUUUGAAGGGAGAUCGGAUCUUGUUGGUUGGUGAGGGAGAUUUCUCAUUUGCCCGCUCCCUGGCAAAGCAAUAUAAAUGUCGCAAACUAUGCGCUACAUGCUACGACUCCAAAGAGACGCUUUUCAGCAAGUACCCCCAAGCUGAACAGCACAUCCAGGAGAUUUUAAAUUCUGCAAGCCUCAAGCGUAAAAGCACAGAAGAUGCCGCUCUCGACAAUGAAGAGAGCACCUCGUCUCCCGCUACCAAAGACGAAGCCGACAAGUCUCAUCAACAGACGGCGUCCUCUUCAAGGAAGCCAUCCCCGAAGGUUCUUUUCUCCGUGGAUGCCCGCAAACUAGGCACCCCGGCCGGAGGGAGCAAGGAGGUUCGCACUGGCUUUCCUCGCAAGGAGCGCAAGAUCCCCGCUUGGAAACUUGCUCGGCAGAUGAAUGCGCAAUCCCAGCUACAUUCCCGUGCUAAGGUUAGGUUCACACACGGCGCGCAAGCUACCCCCGGCAAAGGAGAAAGUAGCGCUGGCGGACCCUGGGAUGUGAUCUGUUUCAAUUUCCCACACGUGGGCGGUCUCUCCACGGACGUGAAUCGUCAAGUCCGGGCGAACCAGGAGCUCCUCGUUGCGUUUUUCAAGGCGUGCGUGCCUCUUCUGUCCAAGGCGCCGCCGCCUGUAGAUGAGGAUGAUUUGGAGGAAGACGGGGACGGCGAGAGCGAUGCAUCUGAAUUAUCUGAUUCGGACGACGGGGCAGAUGAUGAGGAGAAGAGAGCUACUUCCGGGAAUGCGGUCCGCACUGGCCCAGGGCAGAUCCUUGUGUCUUUGUUUGAGGGCGAGCCAUACACUUUAUGGAACGUCAAGGACUUGGCCCGACAUGCAGGCUUGCAGGUGGUGACGAGUUUCAGGUUCCCGUGGGCAGAGUACGAGGGCUAUUCGCAUGCGCGAACCCUCGGUGAAGUGGAGGGGAAAGACGGCGGGAGGGGUGGAUGGCGUGGAGAGGAUCGGUUGGCGAGAAUGUAUGUGUUUGAAGUGAAGCCGGAAGAGAAACCAGCGAAGAAUCAGAAGAAUAAGAGAAGCUGGGAGGGCGAUAGCGACAGCGAGUAA